ACCCGGCGUUAGCGUGUCGAAUGUUGAUGCAAAGCGAGGUUUGCUCUGGGUUUCUGCCGAAAGUAUUCAGGCUAACGUUUGUUAGUUUGUUAGCCAUAUAGUUUUGCCGUCAUCAUUACAUUUCGAUAACUUUUACUCUUCGACCAUGGCGGAGGUGAAAGUUAAACAAGAAUUAACAGAUCCCGUGGAAAUCGAAAACCGGAUAAAGGACCUCUGUCAGCAGUUUCCUCAUGGCAUAACGGACCAGGUGAUCCAGAACGACAUGCCCCAUGUGGAGGCCCAGCAGCGGGCCAUGGCCAUCAACAGACUUCUGUCAGUGGGACAACUCGACCUGUUACGGAACAGCACAGGACUCCUAUACCGACUGAAGGACACACAGUCAGCAAGUAAAAUGAAGGGAUCAGACAACCAGGAGAAGCUGGUGUAUCAGAUCAUAGAAGAUGCAGGAAACAAGGGCAUCUGGAGCAGAGACAUCAGGUACAAGAGCAACCUCCCGCUGACCGAGAUCAACAAGAUCCUAAAGAACCUGGAGAGCAAGAAACUCAUCAAGGCCGUCAAGUCCGUGGCUGCCUCUAAGAAGAAAGUGUACAUGCUGUACAACCUGCAGCCGGACCGCUCUGUCACCGGGGGGGCCUGGUACAGCGACCAGGACUUUGAGUCCGAGUUUGUGGAGGUGCUGAACCAGCAGUGCUUUAAGUUCCUGCAGGGCAAGGCAGAAGUGGCGAGGGACAGUAAGCAGAGCCCCAUGGUGCAGAGGAACAGCUCCUUCGCCACCUCGCACGAAGUGUGGAAAUACAUCUGUGAGCUGGGCAUCAGCAAGGUGGAGCUCUCCAUGGACGACAUCGAGACCAUCCUGAACACGCUGAUCUACGACGGGAAGGUGGAGAUGAGCGUCAUCGCGGCGAAGGAGGGCACAGCCGGCUGCGUCGACGGGCAAAUGAAGCUGUACCGAGGGGUCAACCCCAUCAUCCAAUCAACCGGCCUCGUCAAGACGCCCUGCGGCCUGUGCCCCGUGUUUGAUGACUGUCACGAAGGAGGAGAGAUCUCUCCGUCUACCUGCAUCUACAUGACCGAGUGGCUGGAUUUCUGACCAAAGCACUUCUCACACUGUAUGGAAAAAGAUUGGGAUGGUGCCAGCUGAUAUUUUUUUACUUGAUGCACCAUUUUAUUUUGUGUGAGAUCUACACAGUGAGGUAAUUUGGACUCUGUGAAUCUGCCACUCUGACCUGGAGAGUUGAGGCCUGGCAUCUUUGUGGCUGGACCUGUUUUCUUUUGUUUUCACACAGAGUUUGACCAUUUAGUUUUCUCCAAAGAACUGAAAAGACAGCUUUGCACGUGAAAGGAAAAUGUCGUGGAGCACAGUGCGUUGGCACUGUCCAGGUCUGGCCUGAGGUGGCUCCAGGCCACACUCAGAACCACUGAGUCCCAGAGAAUCGGUUUCUCUGGGUUUGAAAGGUCUGUGUUCAGACCAGAUAAGUACUGCUGUGGAUGAGACCAAUGUGACGACCUUUAACCUUUAAAUAAACCACGUUCUGCACAGCGAGCGACAUCUGCUUUUCAAACAAGCUACAAGUGAGACAACCACUGCACCACAGCGCUGUGCUCUGUAGUACAGGGAUGUGCUCUGUAGUACAGGGCUGUGCUCUGUAGUACAGGGCUGUGCUCUGUAGUACAGCUCUGUCUGCUGAAUGCAUGGGUCAGCUGUCAUUAAUUUAUGGAGGGGAGAGAGGCGGUGUGUUAGCGGAACAAAUAAAAUAUUUAUACAUUU